AAGUUUGUGACUUGGUUUGUUUAUAGAUUAAUCAACAACGGCUGUACCUGUGUUUUUGUUUUACACGUUUCAGCUGAUAAGCUAUGUAUGUUUUGAUCGGCGUUUGAUUGUAGCCUAAAUCUUGAAGUUGGUCUGGGUAGUAAAAUUUCAACGAGUUCAAUAAAUUUAUCCUAAAUUAUUGUUUGUAUGUUACCUUAAUCAGUAUCGCGCAUGUCAUUUCGAAGAAAUUAGUAAUAGUUACAGUUAUUGAGCUAUAAUUAUUUGACUAUGGCAGACAAUCAGUUCAAUAUAGCUCUUUCUCAUGGAGCUUUGGCUGCAUCUUCAGGCUGGUCUUUAGUGCAGUGUAUGGAUUUAAAAUUUGCCAGGAUAGCUUUUGGAUUAUAUCUUGUCAAUGGCGUAGUGGGUUUAGUGACAUAUGGUAACAACAGCUUGCGCUUGUACAAGAUGUAUACGGUGGUCAGCCAAGGAACUCUGCUGGUCGUCCUGCCGCUAAUAGCCACACAGUUGUACAUUAAUCAGGGCUUUGACUACCACUUGGCUCUGUUCAACUUGUGCUUCCCUGUCGUUCACUGUCUAGUGUUGCAGCUGGCCAGGCUCAAACACUCCAGGGUACCGUUUCUGGAACUGUUACAGUGUAUACCGCUGUUUUCUAUUGCUUACAUCAGUUUGAUACAUUUUAGGUACUACGGUUUAUCCGUCGUGAUCAGCUAUACGAUUUCGUUUUACCUGAUCGGAACCACCGGGAUGAUUUACAGCACUCCGGCCAAAGAUUUGUUCAACAUUUCGAUUCUUUUCGCAAACUACUUCACGUUAAACGCUUUGAGGGGGUUUUAAAAAUCGGUUGCCUGUUGUCAUAAAAUAAUGUUAUUGUUGUUAUGUUUUAUCAGUUAAUUGAGUUUAUCAAUAAUUGCAUUUGUUGUUUCUUCCGUCAAUUUACAUUGGUGCCCGAUUAAUGACUAAAUUCAGACCUAGUGCUUUCCAUCACCAAUUCGUGUGUUCCCAUGUGUUUUGGACAUUUCUGUAGUACAUGAACUUGUAUUAUGCUUUUAUUACUGUACCUGACUUUAAUAUAGCUGACUUCCUCUGCCAUAUUGAUUUGUGUUGCGCAGCCAUGUUUUAGUUGCAAUUGUUUUUGUGUUCAGUACUAGUCAGUUAACAACAUAACAACAGUGUUCCUUAGUAAUUAAUGUCAAGAUAGAGUUAUUUAUAACAGGGAGUUUAUGAGGCAGAUAAACCUACCUGAUAGCAAGUA